AUGAGUGAUUGUAAUGGAAAGGAAUUUGACAGUGACGAUAGUAGUAUAUAUAUAUUUUCAUUACUUAGACAUUUAUGAAGUGGAAUUUGUGUAUGGUAAGAAAAUGUUCAAAAAAAAGACAUUAUAUGCUGUUAAAUGGUUAGGAUGGACUAUAUCUUAAAUGUCUUGGGAGCCUUUUUCUAAUUUUACUCCUAUUUCAAGUUAUCUUGUAAGGUAUCUAUAACAUAUCUAAUAUUUAUAGACGCUUAGAAACUAAACUAUGUUAUGCUUAAUAUUACAAAAAGAUUGCUCCUAAUUCAGGAGGUAUACGAGUACAUAUCAAAGGAAAAUUUUGUUAAGUCUAAUAGAUUGAUACUACUAUAUAACAAAAGACUAUUGAAUGUGAAAAGAAGAUUGUAUCUCACUCUUCAGAUACCUAAGAUAUUUAUGAUAAAGCAUAGAAGAUCAUAACAUAAAUGAAAUAGAAUCUUUUAUGCUCAUAUAAUAGGAAGUAACAUUUAAAAGGUUAAAAGAAAGUAAUUAAAUAAAAUAAUCAUUUUAAAAAAAUUAUAAAUUCUUAAGAAAAGAACUAAACAACAUCUAGCGUUACUGUAUAAGGAUAAGGAAAAUAAAUACAGAAGUAGAUUAAUAAAAAAUAAAAAUUAAAUAAUAAGGAGAUAAUUGAUUAAGAGUUAGAAAGAGAUAUUUAAUUUUUGAUUAAAUAUGAAAAAUAAACAAAAAAACUUAAAUAAGCAAAUGAUCAAUAAAUUUAAAAUAAAAAUAAUAAAGAUGAUAAAUAAUAAUAAUAAUAAUAAUAAUAAUAAUAAUAAAAAAAAUAAUAAUAAUAAUAAUUAUUAUUAUUAGAUGAAGAGAAAGUAAAAUAAUAAAAAUAUAAUAAUCAAUAAUUAUUUUGUGAAUUUUAAAUUAUUCUCAAUGAACCUGAUAAUUCAGAAUUAAUUAUUCCUUUUUAAAAAUAGAUUACACCAAAUAAGAACACUGAUAAAUAAAUUAAACAUAAAAAGAAUAUUAAUAAAUAAUAAUCAAAUGUUCAAGAUACACACAGUUAUAUAUAAGAGGAAUCAUUUGAAAUUGAUUUGUUAUUAGUUGAAGAUAGUGAAUAGUAAAUAAAACAAAAUGAACAAUUAAAAGAUAUAUAAAAAUCAUCAGAUAUCUAUUAAAAGAAUGUUAAAUUACUUCCAUAUACUCAUCAAAACAAUUAAUUAAAAAAUGCAAAGGUUGUAAAAUCAGUUAUAAAUCCUAAAUAAAUUUUGAAUAUUCCAUAAUAAAAUUCUGAGAUACAUUAUAAGACUGAGAAAUAAUUUAUUAAUGAAAUAAUAGAAGAAUAGAAAAUAAAAGAAUCUGAAUUUCAUUAAGGUCUAAGUUUAAAAGAGUUGUUAUAAUUGGAAAUAAAACCAAAAACAAAUUUAAAAACUAGCUAAUAAAUUUAACAAGAGAUAUAAAAAUUAUAAUUGGAAUCAAUAAUCUUAAAUAAGACUACUAAUAGAUGUAGUAUGCCAAUAAUACCAAAAUUAAAAGAUGUUGAAAUUUAAUUAUUUGAAAGUAAUCUUAUGAAUAUUGAAAUGAUUUAAUAUGAUUUGAAUUUAAAUGAAAUCAGAUUUCAAAAAGUUAUUAUAGAAUUAAUAGAAUCACAUCAUUUAUUAAUAGGAAAAUUAUUAUUUAAAUGUCUUUAUGAUAAUGGAAUGAAUUAUUAUGUAGAAUAUGACAAAUUGCAAAUAUACUGUCCGACAUUAUUAUUAGAUUACAUGA